AAAAUUAGUCGAGACAUUUGUGUCAUACUUAACUAUGAUGUUUAUGCUGAGAAGCCGCAGAAAUCGAGUUUCAUCUGAAUAUUGACGCAAAUUAAUAUCGAUCUUACAUAUAAUGUUUAGAAACCAAACACGUUCUCCAAGUUAAAUUAGCAGUUGCGGCAGUUGUCGCUCGAACACGAGGCCUUAAACAGUGCUCGUAACAGCGGAACACGGGUACCAGCUACAAAAACCUGCCAGCACCAAGUGGACAAACGUGUACAGCAAAGUUCACCGGUAAAAUAGAUUUUGAAAUAUCUUUUAAAUCAUAAAGGACGGUGUUUUUUGAGAAAGAUGGUAUUUCAGAAAAUAAGAAGAUGAACAUGUUCUGUAGCGAUGGCGAUUUCCUCUUCGCGAUUUCAGAGAGUCACGUUGUAUUUCUUGCUGGUUUUGGCAAUGAUUCUCGUUUAUCAAAUUUACCAUCAUGGAGGCAAGCUGCUCAGUAAAAAGCAAGAAGAGCUCAAAGGCGAUUGGACCAAGAAUUUGCAAUCAAAUCAUGUGAAAUUGUCACGGACAAACGCAGCUACAGAAUCAUCACAGCCGAUGCGGAGGGACCUGAGAAAAACCGCUGAACAAGGGAAUCCAAUAUUACAGAUUGAAAUGAAGAGAUUAAAAACCCGCAUGACUCGGAAAGACGAGCUUAUUGAAAAGCUAACUGCUCAGCUAGAAAAGGAAAAAUCUCGAGCAGAAAAAUCCAAUCAGGUGAUUGGCAACUUGAGGCUUGAAAACACGCAAUUACAGGCGGAAGUCGAGAGUUACUCCCAUGGGGUCACAAGCGGUAGAAGUGAACAAAACACUGGUGUAAAGAAAGAACUCUUAUCCCUGGAUAAAACAUCUCCAAAAAUCACUGAUAGUCAAAUAUCACAACGAAUUCCAUUUCAGAGUUUCGCCAAAACGCAUCUUUUCGAAAGCUCCCCUCGAAAGAAACCGAAAGAGUAUAUCUUUCAUGGUCAAAAUUCGAACACGCGGAAAGUUAAAUCCGGAGAGCGCCAUCUUGUCCAAGCACAAGACGUCGGUGUUCAUUUUAUCAACACAAACACGUCAUACCACGUAAACCGUGAGAACAUGGUAGAUGGGGUCUACAGAAUCGAUAUCAACACUGGUAUUGACUAUGAACUGUAUUUCAAAGAUCCGUCUUCGAAGAAGUUUCUAACAGUGCGGCUUAUUCGUCCCUUGGGUGUCGUGCAACCAGUUGCUCUCCCGGAGGACAGCAGAGGUCCUAAUGAACUUAUAAACAUAAUUGUUCCUCUAUCUGGGCGCCUUGAACGAUUUCAACAGUUUAUGGAUAUGUUUGUGGAAGUGUGCAUUAAAAGUGACGGAAACGUGUUUCUGACAGUGGUCCUAUACGGAGCCUCUGAUUUCAAUACUGUAAAAACUACUCUUAAAGAUCUGGAAGUUACGUAUAGUUUUAAAAAGUAUCAACUUAUCAUGCGAGAUAAACCGUUUUCUCGAGGGAGAGCUUUACAUGACGGUGUAAUGUACUGGAGUGGCAACCCCAAAAAUAUUUUAAUGUUUUUUUGUGAUGUAGACAUAACGAUUCGUCCUGAUUUUCUUCGACGGUGUCGCAUGUACACUCAAAGGAAAUCGAAAGUCUAUUUUCCGAUGGUGUUUAGCUUGUUUAAUCCAAAGAAUGUCUACGAACAUGGAACUAUUCCACCACCUGCAGAACAACUUAAAAUUGACCGGAAGUACGGCUUUUGGCGUGAAUAUGGGUUUGGAAUGACUUGUCAGUACAGAGCAGACUAUCUCCGUGUUGGUGGAUUUGAUUUAAACAUUGAAGGUUGGGGGACAGAAGACUUGGGAUUGUACCAAAGAUAUCUGCAACAGGCAAACAUCAGAAUCAUUCGCGCCCCUGACAGAGACCUUUUCCAUCAGUACCACGACAAAAAGUGUGACCCCAGCCUUUCUGAGGAGCAGUACCGGUCAUGCCUUGCAUCCAAGGCAAAAGUUGAAGGAACACAGACUCAAAUCGCUAUACAGCUGACGAAACUUAGAGAGAAGUAUGAAUCAGAGUUACAGCCUGAGAACGGAUACUGAGUUAAAACGGUUGAAAGAAACAUCACAGCCCGUGCCACGUGACCGCAUGCGAGGAAAUAAACAGAAGAUGAAACAAGAGACAAUGCCAAAGCUGGGCUGGAUUCAAUCGUGAACGAAGUUGAUUGUUUCCAUGGCACAACAGAUUACAUCAACGCCAAGAAAGUUUCGAAAUGUUCCGUUUGUUGUAAGCUGUCUGGAAGUUCAAAUUUUACAAGAUGUUUCUGUUUGAAUGGAACCACAAUUCUGAUAAAUUUUUGGACGAAUGUUAAAAAUUGCAACAAAUUUACGUCCUAGUUCGAAAGAAAAUGAAAUAAAUACAGAUAUUGCUGAAAUCUCCAUCCCUGCAUGAAUUCGUAUAUGGCUAUUCUUUGGCCGAUUCCUUUGGUCCAGUUGAAGAAUGUGUGGCCAGCUUCGAGCAGUUUUACUCUCUGUACCUGUCGCGUGUCGUAACGAAUUCUAUGGCAAAUAACACGGCAUUGCAAACAAACUCGGAAGACUGGCCGGAAUCAGAUACUGAAAAAUCUCAAAAAAUGAGAGAGCCCAUUGCGCGUACUAUUUCUCUUACAGGGGGCUGGCAAUUAGCUGUAUCUUUCACUAGUUCCCUUGCUACCAGCUGAACUCUUACUUAUUCAAAAAAUCGUGUUUCUUAGUAAGGCAACAUAAGUUAUGGCUUGUGAAAUAAUUGCCACAAUUCCUCUAUACAAAGGGAAAGCAAAAUAGAUUAACCUGUGCACGUUAAAGGUACGGCGUUUAAGAAAGAAGAAAUUAAAUAACACUAUGAUUUAAAGCUUUAACUUCACCUCAGUUUUCAAUACCUUUAUUUUUCGACACAUAAGAAUAUAGUCAAAACUUGCCACCGCCUGUAAAUACUAACUUUCCCUCGGAAAAAAAAAAGCGAAACCGUUUCAGAAAAAAUUAGUUAUAAACUCCGCUUAAAAUGAGCCAUGAUUAGAAAAUGAAUAUUUCCUUCGCAAAGUAUUGUUAUGAAUGGAAGAUGUUCCAAUUCCUAUUGGAAUCUUUUCUGCGCUAAAACGCAAGCUUCGCACAAACAUUAAUCAAUGUUGUAAGAAUGAAUGAAUGCAUUUUGAACCAAAUAAACUAAUUGGACAUGUCCUUUGUAGUCGCAAAAAUCCACUAUUGGAGACAGCUGCAAGGUUUGGUGAAACCAACUCUAGCGCUCACUGACACAAUUGCCGAGAUAUAUCUCGCUUAUGAUCAAAAUUUUCAUAAAAUGAAAAAGGAUCAAACUAUUUUCACGAUACUACAAAAGCAGCAGUUUGUAAAUUGCUGAAAAAGAAAACAA